GUUUCUGCUCCGUGUUUAUCUGCACACAGAUACUGCCAUGAAGCUCACUCUAAAUAGCCGCCCAAAGUCUGUGGAAGAGCUGAAAAUUAUAAUGCAGUACAAAUUCAAGCCAAGACUCGACGGUAGUGACUUCACCAUCCAAUACGAAGACCCUGACUUUGAUGGGCAAUUAAGUGUCCUAGUGGACAUAGAUGAGCUGCCAGAGAAGGGGACACUGAAAGUGAUUAGGUUGGAGAGUGACGAUAGUUCUUCUUGUGGCAGUUCUGACACUGACAUACUGCCCCAUGUACCAUUUAGUCAGCGCCAAAAGAAUUGGCCUGAUGUUUUUCCUGUUCCAACGUUCAACCACGAAGUUGAGCAUGUCCUUGACCAGGGUAACUUCGUCUUCCAGACAUCUGGCAAGCCAACUAGAUUAACACGUUCCCAGAAGCACAAUGUGCUCGAAAUAAUGGCACAGACUAUUUACAGCUUCAAGCCAUACCCUAGCAAUACUGAUCUCUGUAAGGCUUCGGAAGCAUUGAUUACUGCCCACCCAUGCCUCAAAGAACUUGGAAGCAAGACUGGCUGGUACGGCUGGAAGGUCAGUUUGGCCUUCAAGAUGGGUAACUACAGACAGAAACUGGCCAAAUCGGGGUGUGCUGAGGUGUCCAUCAAUGCAGGAAAGAGAAGCAAGAACAACCCUGACAGCGAUCACCCCCAUGCCAAUAUUAAGCGAGCUCGUAGGUCGGAAGUGAACUUCCUACCCAACUUCCCAACUGGUGAAAACCAGGCCAGUCUUGACCUGAUGAGACUCGAGAUAAUUGAAGAGACUGACAAGUCGGAGAAGAAUUUGCAAUUCAUCGAAAAGCUGAUGCAGACAACCUUCGCUUUACGACGACAAGACAUCAUCAAAAGUCAAUUGCCAGUAAAGGACUUGCUGCGCAGCUGGCCAGCUCUGCAGUUGGAAUCGCAGGUUCUCUCAGAAUUCCAUCGUAUCACUAAUGUGAACCUGCGCAGCACAUUCUACGCUGAACUUGACAGACACACACCACGACUCCUCAACUUAUACAGACAAAAGGCAGUACGCACUGGCAAGUUGGCGGAGGCUCUACGGGCUACCCUCGCCGCUUAUGAUCUUCAGGAAGAACAUGAUGUCAUCUCGAGACGCACCCUGUCGCUGUGUGCCCUGCCGGUGUACCUGCGAGAAGAUGGAUCUGCCUUCUUUCAGACAUUCAAUGAGGAGGAGGAGCCUGAUUACCAUGAUGUCCCUCUUGCUCUUGGCAUAACUGGCGCAGACCCCUUCAGCUGCAAGAAGUUUACAGUCGUCAUUGAAGGCAAUGCUGUUUUUAACGAGGUUCCCACAAUUCCAGAUUCAUUUAUGUUGUUGUUUGGGCUGACUUAUGUGUUCAAUUUGGAAUACCCUAAGAGCCUCUUGAACACAUUCACAAUGAUCCAGAAAAUGUUUGUUUGUCUGGAUGAUGGCAAACCACUCAAACCCUGCCUAAUGACUUUGAAAGAAGAUUUGCUACUGCAGUAGUGCGUGUUUGUAACAUUUGCGCGCACACACACACACAUGCUCAUGUCACACAGCACCCUCUAGAUUUGCUACUGCAGUAGUGCGCUUUAGUAGCAUUUGCACACACUCUCUCACACACACACACACACACACGCACACACACGUAUGCUCAUGUCACACGACGCCCUUUAGAUUGGCUACUGCAGUAGUGCACG